CCCCAGAUAACAGGGUAAGGAUUCUUUAUGCCGUAUUAUUUUAAGGCGUCCACUGUUGGCUUGUGCCUUCCACACAGCAAGAAUGGAUUUUUAAACCAGAAAAUGCUUUCUGUCGCAAUCAACCCUUGCGCUUAGGUAUUUUCACAGGAUCACUGUUCAGUCUAUAAAUGCACGAGGAAAAUGGAUCCUUAAGAAUCAGGGAAGCAUCUUGCAUUGCAUCUCAGACUCUUCUUCUACCUAAUUAAAACACGAAUUUGUCAUGGAAAACACAAACUCUGCCGUGCAGGUUUCUACUGCAAAGAAUCCAGCUAUUCAAAGCCAUAUCAACAAAGCACAAGAAGAGGAGGACUUCGACUAUUCACAAAGGUCACAAUGGCUUCGAGCUGCGGUGCUAGGAGCCAACGAUGGAUUGGUAUCCAUCGCGUCAUUGAUGAUGGGUAUCGGGGCUGUUAAAACCGAUGCUAAAGCCAUGAUCCUGACUGGUUUCGCAGGCCUAGUUGCCGGCGCUUCCAGCAUGGCAAUCGGAGAGUUUGUUUCUGUUUACUCUCAGCUUGAAAUAGAAGUAGCCCAGAUCAAAAGGGAAGCAAAAACACAAAGUGGAGAUGUUGAGAAUGGAAAUGUUGAUGAAGGAGGAAGCAAGAAAGAGAAGCUGCCUAAUCCACUUAUUGCUGCCAUGGCUUCGGCUCUUGCAUUUGCUUUGGGAGCUAUGGUACCGCUUUUGGCCGCGGCAUUUAUCGGAAAUCAUAAGGACCGGAUGAUUUCCACCGUCGCUGCUGUGAGUUUUGCUUUGGUCGCAUUUGGUUGGGUUGGUGCAAAACUUGGCAACACCUCAAUAGUAAGAUCCUGUGGGAGAGUGUUGGUUGGAGGCUGGUUGGCUAUGGCUAUCACUUUUGGACUUACCAAGUCCAUUAGUGCCAGUGGACUUGGAUAAGUGUUGGCUCAGAUUCCCAUUUUUCUGAUCUGGUCUUCUUCCUUUUCAUGUCAAAUAUUGGACAAAUAAAUGAAAUCUGAAUUUGCACGGAAAAAUCACGGACGAAGUUUUAAGUCUUUCAUAAGUUUGCAUGAUAGAUAACCUAAUGUUUGCAUUAUCUAAAUUUUCAUUGUCCCUUCUUCUUUUUCUUCUUCAAAAGAAGGUUUUCGUUUCUCUUGUUUGUUGGGGAGUCCAUGUUGAUAGUAUCCUUCCCCUCUUUCUAAUAACUUAGAAACGUGUCUGUUGAAUUAAAAUAUUA